UAGCAAAUUUUCCAGCUAGCGGUGUAAAAGGGCCACUUUAUCAAUGGUCCAAAUUCAGUUUAAUGUUUAAACGCGUCUGUUCUCAUAACCCCGGACAGCGUAAAGACCUUUGAAAGGUUCGAGAAGCGGCGCAGAUUCACAACGGGCUCGUAAGUGUUAGUUAGAGACUUGCAGGGAGGGGGGGUUACCAGAGAAAGAAGUUGAAUGGAUCCGAGGGUAGCUUGGAUUCAGCCCGAACAGAAAGGACCUGCGAACGCCUUAUGGAUGUACGUCUGGGAGACCUCUCAGGGAGUACGGACCCUCUCCGCUCAGCAACAGCUCCACAAUCAAAACCACAACCAGUGUGUGAAUUACCCUGCGUUUGAUGUUUUAAAAAAUGUGGCGACCGCCGUGGCAUCGAGCAUCUGCAGCGGCGGCAGCAGCAGCAACGGCGACAUUGCUGGCAGCCUGAGCAACGGCAGCAGCCAUCACAGCAUCAUGAACGGCGCUACACACGGUAGUAGCGUUAAGGGCAAUGCGAUUUCAUCGCUGGGGAGAGCGCGGUCCAACGGGAACGUACACAACUCUUUAACCACGUCGAACAUCGCUGAGCCAGGUGAAGGGAAAAUUGUGCCCCAGAAAACUGGAUCUGUCUCAUCGUCUUCGCGGGAAUCCGGGACGGACAGUCCCCCUUCCAGCUGCUCACUCGAGAGGACUAUGGAUGGAAAUGUAACGGGGGGCAUUAAUAAUAACGUCGGGGGUGCCAACUUGCUCUUCAACUUGAGCGACAGCAUGGAAAAUAAUGUCAACCUUUACCACCACCACCACCACCACCAUCAUCAUCACCGUCACCCACAGGAGCACCAGGCUUUCAAUUUACAGCAGAUUUGCGUGAACCAGCACCAGGUUUACCCCCCUGUACAUAUUAAUCAACCACAGAGUCACCACCCGGACCGAAGGAAAAGUGACAACAAGGCGAGCACUUAUGGGAUGAAUUAUUCGACUGCAAACUGCACUAAUGGCAAUUAUGCGAGCACUUGCACGCCUUGGAAGACGAGGGCGUACAGCCCUGGAGUCCUCGGACUCCACGAAGAGGUGAUGGAUUUCUACAAAUACAUAACUCCUCGGCCAGAGGAGGCCGCUAUGAGGAAGGAGGUGGUCAACCGGAUAGAGACGGUCAUCAGGGAGCUGUGGCCGACUGUUGAUGUACAAAUAUAUGGCAGCUUCAGCACAGGGCUGUACCUUCCAACAAGUGACAUCGACCUGAUGGUGACUGGGAAUUGGGUCCGCCCCCCACUGCAUGCACUAGAACAAGCUCUUCGCAAGCAUAAAGUGGCCGACCCUCUCUCCAUUAAAGUGCUGGACAAGGCUGCAGUGCCAAUCAUCAAGCUGACAGACCAGGAGACUGACGUCAAGGUGGACAUCAGUUUUAACACAGAGAACGGAGUCAAGGCGGCAAACUUCAUUAAAGACUAUGUAAAGAAGUAUCCAGUGCUGCCUUACCUGAUCAUUGUACUGAAGCAGUUUCUGCUGCAGAGAGAUCUAAACGAAGUCUUCACCGGGGGCAUCAGCUCCUACAGCCUCAUCCUCAUGGUCAUCAGUUUCCUACAGCUUCAUCCUCGUAUCGAUCCCAGCAACCCCAGUGAGAACUUGGGUGUGUUGCUGAUCGAGUUCUUUGAGUUGUACGGGCGUAAUUUCAACUAUUUGAAUACAGGGAUUCGCAUUAGAAGUGGAGGCGCAUAUAUAGCCAAAGAUGAGAUUAUCAUGCCCAAUGGAUUCACGCCAUCCUUGCUCUACAUAGAGGACCCUCUCUCAGGUAACGACGUGGGAAGGGGUUCCUAUGGUGUCAUGCAGGUCAAGGACGUGUUUAACUAUGCCUUCAUUGUCCUGAGUCAUGCUGUGUCCCCACUUGCACAGUCAUAUCCCAACAAAGACUGUGAAAGCACAUUGGGGAGGAUAAUCAGGUUGACCAAGGAAGUGAUCGACUACAGGGAAUGGAUCAUUAAGAAGUGGGGGGGCAGGGAUUUGGUGCGAAUGGACAAUAGAGUGUCACCUCCCAAGGAGCUGGUGUCAGAGCAGGAGAACGCUGUGCUGGGUGGUGGUGUCGGGUCAGACGAGCAGCAAAGGGAUUCGGUGUCGCCUCACAGUGCGGACUCUCCCAUGUCCAUCUCCAGCCCCCAGCAGCACUCGUCUGCCUCGUCAGUGUCCUCGCUGUCUGGGUCUGAUAACGACUCUGAUUCCACGUUGCCAUGUCCCAUCCCUCCUCCGACCCUGCCAGCCUACCCGCCUUUCCCACCCCUCGGCCUAGCAAUAACUCCAGGCCUCAACAUGGGUACUGGCAAGCCUGGCAUGGGAGGACACCAUCUGCUAAUGCCUCCAGGUUCCCAGGCUCGCGUCCCAUUGCCCGGUGGUCUAGCAAUGCACUCCAUGCCUGGCAGACAGGUGUGUAUAGACACCGGGCUCUCCCCCUUCUUCCACAUGCACCCCCCAGCCCAUCCUCAUGCCCCUGCCCCUUCCAGCCCCCAGCCUCCGCCCAGUCCCCACUCCAGCCACACACAUAAGAAUGGAGCCAAGUUUAACGUGAAGGGCUUCCACAACCCACCACUGGUCAACAACGCUGUUCUGGCUAACCGCGGACACACACACACGCACCGCAACACUUGGCGACGCAGAAAGAGGGACAGCCUGCCAGUUAGCCUCAGCAGAUAGAAACCACUCCCCUUCUCCCUGCCUUUUCGUCCCCCUCCUCUCCGGCUGCAUGCCCUGGCUCUUCGUUCAUCUUGAAGGAGGAUGGACAGGCAGACAAGAGGACCAGAGACCAGCAGUUUUUAUUCCGAGGGUUCCUCGACACGGGACAGCAGCCCUCAGCUCUGCAUCUUCCUCCUCUCUGUACCCUUCCAUUUUUGCAUGACAGUUCAGUUUUGUUAUUUUUCCAGUAUUAUGUUACUUUCAGUAUUGUGUCUUCCUCGCGUGCGUUUCUGGUCGGUUUACGUUUUUGUUGAACUUGGUGGUGACGGCAUUGCCAAGCUCACGUGACCUCAUUUCGACCCUUGCAGCCAAGCUGCCCGAGGUUCUAUUACUUUUUUUUUUUUUUUUUUUUUUACAGUUAAUACGCUUAAAAACAAACCAUUUUUCAUUUUGUGCAAUAAUGUUACUUUUUAAAACUAAAGUAAGAGCUUAUUUAAUUUCGUGUGUAUGUGUAAAGGCAUUUUAUACUGUUAUUUUAUUUUUGUAGAGUUUUAAAUUUUGUUUACGAAACCUUUCCCCAGGCAGCAUCUCUGGAGCGUGUGUGUGUGUGUGUGUGUGUGUGUGUGUGUGUGUGCGCGUGUGUGUGUGUGUGUGUACCUUUCAUCAGGUUAAGAUGGGCCCAGGUUAAAAGGCCCCUUUCUUCCUCUCCCCUCUCUUUAAAUGUGGUUUGUUGAGAAGCCGUAUCAGAAAGGGAUUAUCUUCACAUUCCUGCCCAUUUUUCUUCACGUCUUGUGAAAAUGGGCGAGGUGAACAAAAAAUUCCCUGUGGAAGUUUUGUUCCUCGGUUCAGUUAGUGUAAAGCAUGCUGGAGGAAAGUGGAGGGAAUUAAACUGCAACCUGGGAUAUCCUUGGCCUAACGGAGGCAGCAGAUAGACUCGCAUUGCCACCUGGUGAUUGUGUGAGUGCGUAUAUCUGUUUGGCUGUUACAGGAAUGUGUCAUUGCCAUAUUUUGUCAGUCGGGGGAAGGCUGGCAAGUGGCCUGCUAGUUUUGUCUUGGCCAUAUUUCUCUCUGCUGGAGGCAAUUUGAAAAGAAAAGCUUCCAGGCAGUGCAGGAUUUUGGCCUGAGAGCUGAUUUUUGUUUAACAUUUAUGCCUGUGUGUUUUUUGUUUUUUGUUUUUUUGUUUAUUACAUUUUGUAGGAGGGUUGGGGCCAAGAAGGCAACAGCUUAUUUGACUUGAAUUUGAAGAUCAAGGGUAGAGGCGAGAGGGCAGAAAACCACUGAGCCAAUGUCAGAGGGGCCAUGGUUGUGGAAAAUCUGAUCCCAGGGCUGAGGUCAGCUCUCGCCCACAGCUGUAAAUUAGUGCAGACCAACACUAAGAUGCUCAGCGAUAAGGUUUCUCUCCUUUUGUGGUCCUGGACAAAGGAGGGGGGAGGGGGGGGGGGGGGGUCUUUCUGAACCAAGGACCCUAAUGAAAGGGAAUUUUAUUUUGAUUCCAUUCAGGAAUCUUGUGUGUAUUUGAUUGCCAGGUACUUCCGCUAAUUGUUUUGCAAUGCCUUUCUUUGUGUUUACUUAGGGUGUGUAUAUGUGUGUACGACGUUUUCUGCGAGCACACCAUGUUACACAAAUACACAUACUCACAGACAGGACUGUCAAAGGCUGUGACUCGCCCAGAACACUACACAUGCCGGUGUUAUUACUAUGCAAGUGGUUUCUUCUAAUUAUUGUGUCAACUCCUGUAUUUUAUGUUUGGGGUUAUUUUCCAUUGACAAAAAAAAGGCAAAAAAGGGCAAAAAAACAAACAAAAAAAAACCCCACACUGCUUGUUGGAUUAGAGUGAUGUUACUGGCUGUCAGACUUCUCAAGCCAAAACAUGUGAACGCUAGCCCCUACCCCCUGACCCCCACCUCCCUUGUGUUUGUAUGAAGGCCAUGAUGUGUUUAAGACCCAGUUUUCUGCAUCCUGUCAGUCAAAUGUAAGGAACGGGGGGGAUUGUUAAUGUCAGUGGUUGGGUCUGAGUCUGUGUAGUGUGUGACAUAGUGAAACGUGUGUGAGAAGGACUCAUGACUCGCCACCACAGUUUUAUUUUAAUUUUUUUUUUUUUUUUUUUUUAUAAUCAGAGCGCAACUUGCCCUCUGCAGGUGCACUUCACAAAGUGGCCAUCAAGAAUUUGACUUUUUCUUACUGACACCCAUUCACUGCUGUUGCACUGUUUUAUUUUUAUUUUGUUUUGUUUUUUAAACCAAGGCAACUCUGGUCUGUCAGUCAAAACUGCGCCUGGCGUCCGCUCUGUUACAGAUGUAGGGUUUCUCUUUUGACUGAUGGGUCACAGGGCAGAGCUGAUAAUGAGCUAAUCACCUCCCAGCUUACAAAUUCCUUUCAUACUUAAUAAUCUGACCAGAAAAAUCAUUGACCGGUGGAAAGGGUGAGAAGUUUUUUCAGAGAUGUACGCUCUCAUCCUGUUGU